AUGCCUAAAGAUAGUGACGGCGUGGAGGAAGAGGAAGAAGAAGAAGAAGACAAGGGAACAUUGUUGUCGUGUGACGCCAUUCUACCUAAUGAACUCCUGCAGAAGGUGUUCUCCUUGUUGCCCAUCGCCAACAUCAUCAAAUUAGGCAUCGUGUGCAAACGGUGGUACGAGGUGGUUCACUAUUGCCCCCCGUUGUCGUGGCCGAUGAUGGCGCCACAUAAGCCGUUAUUCUUCAGGCCCUGCUUUAACGGCUGCACCUUCUCCGGCCGCGUGUACGACCCUUGCCUCCUCCGGUGGUACAGCUUCGUCUCCGCCCGCUCAGAAAAGAGCAUGCGUCACACGGCCUCCUCCUGCGGCUUGGUCUGCUUAAUGAACUCCAAUGACGGGAACCGCUUAUUUGUCGGCAAUCCCAUCAAGAGAGACUGGAAGCUGCUUCCUCAAGUCCCCGGCGGCUCUGACCCUUACUUCAUCGCCCUCGCCUUGUCGUUCGACAGCCGCACGCGCGGCUACACCGUGGUCGUCGCCAAGUGCCUCCGCACCCGGCUGCCAGGGAAUUCCUGGCAAUGGCACUUAUCCGUCCACAUCUACCAAUCGACGACGAGAUCGUGGGCCACUCCCUUCUCCCAAGACCUCGGCCUCUGGAAAGGCAGCCAGCAGGCCGUCAUAUGCGACGGCGUGCUCUACUACUCAGUGGCGUUCGAUCUUGCCAGGCCGGUGCAACGCCCCCACUUAGUGGCGUUCGAUCUCGCCAAGCCGCCCUCUACCAUUGAAUCUCUGAUUCAGGAAUCGAUUCCUGCGCCAUUCGAUCUUGUCUGUGCUGGAUUGAUCAACCUGUCGAACAAAUUGGUCAUGGUCGGCAGGAUAGACUGGCCGUGCAAGGGAGUGGUGAUUUUGGAACUCGAGGAUAAGACAUGGCGGGAGGUGGCUCAAAUGCCCUUCUCCGUGUACAUGAUGUUAGACAGCAAAAAUUUCACCUGCUGCGGUGCCGGCGACUUCCUCUUCAUGCACUCCUCAGUGUGCCAGGCGCUGCUGACCUUCGACAUGAAGCAGAAGGUGUGGAAAUGGUCGAGCCACUGCCCAUGCCCGUGCGCCUACACUGGGCAAUUGGAAAUCAGGUCCCUAUCCAACUGCUGCUUCUGCUUUGAACCGAGGCUCGACGUCUCCCCUUGA